CGCCGCCCCGCUCCGCCCCUUCCUGCCCCGCCGGCCGCGCCGCGCAGUUGCCGCCAUGGCGCUGCGGGCUGCGGCGCCGCUGCCGCUGCUGGUGCUGCUGGUGCUGGUGCCGCUGGCGGCCGGCGCGGCGCUGAGCGGCUACUUCGGCACCAAGUCCCGCUACGAGGAGGUGAACCCGCACCUGGCCGAGGACCCGCUGUCGCUGGGGCCGGCGGCCGCCGCGGCCCGGCCGCCCGCCGCCUGCGCGCCGCUGCAGCUGCGCGCGCUGCUCCGCCACGGCACUCGCUACCCGACGGCCAAGCAGAUCCGCCGCCUGGGCGAGCUGCACGGGCGGCUGCGCCGCGCCGCCCUGGCCGCCUGCCCCGCCGCCGCCGCCCUGGGCGCCUGGCACAUGUGGUACGAGGAGAGCCUCGACGGGCGGCUGGCGCCGCGGGGCCGGCGCGACAUGGAGCACCUGGCGCGGCGCCUGGCCGCCCGCUUCCCGGCGCUCUUCGCCGCCCGCCGCCGCCUCGCCCUGGCCAGCAGCUCCAAGCACCGCUGCCUGCAGAGCGGCGCCGCCUUCCGCCGCGGCCUCGGCCCGCCGCUGCCCCUCGCCGACGGCGAAAUGGAGAUCGAGAUCAACGAUUCCCUAAUGAGGUUUUUCGAUCACUGCCAGAAGUUCGUGGCCUUCGUGGAGGAGAACGACACGGCGAUGCAUCAGGUGGAUGCCUUCAAGGAGGGUCCGGAGAUGAGGCGGGUUGUGGAAAAAGUCGCCGAUGUUUUGUGUUUACCGGCGGACGAGUUAAACGCAGAUCUCAUUCAAGUAGCUUUUCUCACCUGCUCAUACGAGUUGGCAGUAAGAAAUGUGACCUCCCCGUGGUGUUCGCUCUUCAGUGAAGAGGAUGCCAAGGUACUGGAAUAUCUGAAUGACCUGAAGCAGUACUGGAAGAGAGGAUAUGGCUAUGACAUCAAUAGUCGCUCCAGCUGCAACUUAUUCCAAGAUAUCUUCCAGCAAUUGGACAAAGCAGUGGAAGAGAGCAAAAGUUCAAAGCCCAUUUCUUCACCUGUGAUUGUACAAAUUGGACAUGCAGAGACACUUCAGCCGCUGCUCGCUCUUAUGGGCUUCUUCAAAGAUGAUGAACCUCUCAGGGCAAACAACUACGUCAGACAAAUGCAUCGGAAAUUUCGCAGUGGCCGGAUUGUGCCUUACGCAGCAAACCUGGUAUUUGUACUUUAUCACUGUGAUCAAGCGAACAGCUCUAAAGAAGAGUAUCAAGUGCAGAUGCUGUUGAAUGAAAACUUGCUGCCGUUUCAUCACUCAAAUAAGACCAUCUCUAUUUAUGCAGACCUCAAGGACUAUUAUAAGGAUAUCCUUCAAAACUGUCACUUCAAAGAAGAAUGUGAAUUACCAAAAAAUAAUAAUACUGCUACUGAUGAACUUUGAGGAAAAUAGAGUGGAUUUUGUGCAAAUAGAUCUCAGUUCUGUUCAGAAGAUGUUGUGAACAAGCACUUUUGAUUUGCUGCUGCUGCCUUGACUUUCUAAACUUGCAGAUUUGAUGGUCGUGACUUAUCCGGCUGUCUCCGUUAGCUAAGUGAAAUGUUUGCGUAUUACUUAAGCAGAAUUACAAAAGCACAUGCAGUAACAGGGUUUUUGCUUUCUAACAAAUACGUGAUGCAAGGUAAAGCGUGCCUGCAUGUUUACAUGUGAGAAUAAGUAAUUUUGUAGGUCAUGCCUCUUACGAAUAUGUAGUAGAUGGAUUUAGGAGCUGAGGCAACUUGCAUUUUAUCAGAGCUGGAGUCGAUUGGACUGAUUCAGUGUUGCUUUGCGCUGGCUGUUUUGCUUGCUUUUUUUUUUUUUCUUAGGUCAGGCAUGAGAUAGUUCCUGCUGACAAGUUUGGAUUUUUUGUUCCCUUUCCUGAGCGUUGAGGAGGGAGAGGGUGCAUAUUCCUUCCCUGCAGCUACCCAUCUUUUGCAUGGACAGUACUGCAUGAACAUCUCUCGUCUCAGGCAUUUAAAGCAGGAGGAGUUGCAAUGUUUCUGUGUACGUUAUCUGCCUGAAAAGGGUCAAGGAGUUAAAAUUCUUACAGGCAUCAACUCAUCCAACAUAGCCAGUUAGCCACUGAGGUAAGUAAAUUCUCUUUAAUUAAAAAAAACAAAAACAAAAACAACAAAAAAACCCCAGCUACUCUUCCUUAACGGCGCUCUGGGAGAUGCUGCGGUUCUCUGAGCUAUCUGGUGUGUCUUUUCCCUUGAUACCAUCAAUUUCUUGUGUUAAUAGUUUGGGCCAGGGCAUUCCGGUCAGGCUGUGUUGUAACUUUGAAUAUCUUUGUCCUCCUAAAGUGCUGACAGUGUUCCUAGAAGCACUGGUUGGAAGGGACCUCUGCAGAUCUCUAGUCCAGCCUCCUGCUCGGAGCAGGAUUAUUGCCAACCCAAAAUGGGAGUAGGUUUCGGAUCGUAGUAACUGUCCAACUGAGACUUGACUUUUGCUAGCUUUAAGGCACUGACCAUGGUAUGACUUACAUAGGCCUUAGACUUUUGACGUGCUAGCUUGUUCUUGAAACAAAGCUGGUUUUAAAGAAAUGUAUUGCAUACAAGUGCUGGUGUUUUAAAGCAACUGCACUUAAAGUAGGUUUUUUUGCCACUAAAAGAGGGCAAGUAUUUUAGAGAGAGCUGCAGUGUAGCAGAAGAGGGAAGAAUGAAGAUAAUUGUCCAAAAAUGUAUGAAAUACAGUAAGUCAAAUGAAAAUCCUCCCUUGUCCAAAAGGGAAUGGAAAAAAAUUGUCCCAAAGCAAAUGAGGGUGUCGUUUACAGUGUUGGCAGCUCUCGAAGCGUGUACUUGCACCCUCUCAUGAGUGCUCUGGAGCUCACCCUGUAACGUGAGGGGUGGUUUGCUCCAUUUAUUGGGAAGGGGGUCCAAGCCUGGUAUAAGCACUUACACUGUGUAUCUUACGCACUAUAAACAUUUAUACCCUUGUUUGCUUCAAGGUAAGUAGUUCUCGUAGCCUCACCUUCAGGCAGGUUAGACUGACAACGUAACUGCUGCACAUGCAAAAAAGGAAAGACAGACCUGGACUAAUUUGAAGCUGAGAAAUAAAACUGUGAGUCUGUAAUUGAUUUUUAUUGAGGAUUUAGGCUUCCGUCACUUCAUUGUUUCUUUAACACUGCUUGUAUAAAAAAAUAUUUUGGGUCUGUAUACCUGGACGUUAAGCAGAAAUGAAAAAAAAUGUUUCUUUAGGAUAUCAUAGUGACAUGAAAUCAUUGCGACAGCUCUCUUGAUGGAGUUUGAUCUGUUUCUUCUAUGGAGGCAGAUCAAAACUGGUGGUUAUUUUAGCAUUAAUGCCUUAGUGAAAUGCUUGACUGUGUUAACUAUUGCUGCCAGUCUUUUCUGAAACUUAUGAAACGGAUAGGGAGGAGUAUCAAUACUGAAACAAAUGCAAAAAAAUAUGUUCAGGAUAACUGUCAGCACUAGCACAUGACUUUUACUGCUAUUUUAUAUCAGCUUUGCAUGUGUCCUUUUUUGCGUGAUCCUAUCUUGAAAGGAAGUCAAAUGAUCAUAAAGCCCAUAAUAAGCAUCUGUCACAGAAAUUAUUGUAGGACAAUAGUAGAGGCAAGUUAUGAAGAAAUCGGCCUUUGCUUAAAGACAGUUAAGUUUGGUAAAUAGCAAACAUAAGGUUGUGAAAAUUCACCUUUGAACAAAUAAUUUUUUCCCUGGGAAUGAGUCACCUUGUGUUCACAGGAUCAUGAUUUGAACAUAAGGGAUGAAAUCCUGACUCUGUUGGAAAUGAAUGAAAGAUUUUGUUUAUCAGUGAGAUUAUGAUUUUACCCAUCAUCAUUAUUAAAAGAUAUUCCUCCAUACAGAAGGAGGCCAUACGUUGCCCUUAACUACUUUUUUGAUCAUGUGCCGGAUGAGCUGGAAGAACCAAAUAGUUCAUUUUUGUAUAGUGAAGCAUCAUUUACUUCUGUGUUACCAGGUUGAUUGUAUUAUAAAUAAAAUCUGUGCAGUGAACUUCAGGGAUGACUCUUCAGAGAUGAUUUAAUAUUUUGCUUUGGAGUACAGUUCAGUCAUUUCCAGCACGACAGAUAUAUCUUCAGUGGCUGUCAUCAAUUAACUUAAGAAAAAUGUGCUAUUUGGUUUCUGAUCUGUAUUUAAAGGAUGUGCUGAUUCACUCAGUUGGCAUAAUUAGAGGCUGAAUGUGGAAACUUUGCACAGUUGUAGCAACAGAAGUGUUUGCACAUGUAUAUGUGCUAGGCACGCGUUACAUUAAUAAUGUGACUAAUUCUUACCGCUUGGGAGGUGACUUUAGUAUUACUUGCUUGUUUAAAAAAAAGAAAUAUAUAUAUGUAUUUGUGUAUGUACUGGAAAGGAAAACCAAAACAGAUGGGAACACUUCCAUAAAGUUGGGCACUAGCUCAGUGAGCGGUGCUUGGACACGUGGCCCCAUCUCAUGGUAUUGCAAGCUACCAUAUCCUGAAAAAGUCCUGCAAAGAAAAUGAUGCUUUCUCUGUUCGUAUGGCUCUGGACAAACUGCCUCAUCUCAGUCAUCCACUGGAGACUCCAUACGUAAUCUUUCUGCAACUGGAAACUCUCAUUGAAAAAUACUGACAGUGUUCUUCGGUGCUGGCAUUAAAUGCAUUUGAUAUGUAUUUUGUUUUGUUAAAUGUCUGAAGCUUAACUGAUCUCUCUGGCAAAUUCAUUUUUCCUCUGUGUGGGUGCCAUAGCUAUAAUGCUGGUCAGCAUAAAGCUGCCUAAUCAUGGUAUGUGAUACAAAUGUGUGACAAUACAAUCCUAACGGGAUGAAUUUUGUGAACUUGUUUUGGAUUUUGUGCUGUGAAAUGUGAGAAAUUGCACAUUUUCUUCAUCUCACUCUUGUGUACAGUAAUAAUGACAUGAUCUUUAGUAGCACAGCUGUGUUCUGCUUCAAAAUAUAUUUAGUAGCUUGCCAUUA